AUGGCGGAAAAGGGGAGUGGGAAUAUGGAAAAUAACAGUGCCGAUGAUGCAGUUCCUGGACGAAUAGAGCAAGUUAUGUGUCAACCAUGCUCAAGUAAGGACAAACAAAGAGAAGCUGAUGUAUUUUGUUCAAGUUGCGAUGAAUUUCAGUGCUUGGAUUGUUCAAACAUACAUGAAACGUAUGCUUUCAUGAAAAAUCACAAAUUAGUGAACGCAAAAGAUAUUAAAGAGAAACCAGUUUCGUUUGAUAUGAAGGGAUUAGACCAAUGUGAACAGCAUCAUAAAGUUUUUGAGUUUUUCUGUGAAGAUGAGAAUCAGCUUUGCUGCAGUACUUGUGCUAUUGUAGAUCACCGGAAAUGCCACAGUGUCGUAGAAAUACAGAUGGUUGUCGGAAGGUCUGCAUCAGCAAGUUCCGAAGUAAAGGUCAAGUUGCAGGAAGUAAGAGAGAAGGCUGAAAAGAUCGUUAAAUAUACCAAGUCAUCAAAAGAGCAACUGGAUCAAGAUGUUAAAGAAGUACCUUUAACAAUUAGACGAAUGCGGGAUAAUGUUAUGAAAAUGUUUGACGAUUUUGGAAGUUUCCGUUGCUAA